AUCAUUAUGUUGGGUUGAGCACAGAUCACUGGACAAUGAAAUUGGGCUUGACCCUCCUGGAAUAAGGGUCAGGCCUGUAUCUAGACCUGUAGCAGUUAAUUACUUUGCACCAGGUUUCAUGUGUGCAAAAGCUUGGAGAGGAAAAAACCGAUUCAACCCUUCAGGCAUACAUACUUAUAUCAGAGAGUAUCCUCAUGCUCCACCAGCUAAUCUACUGGGGGGACGAGGAACACAGAGUAGUGCCCAUGUUGACAUAAUGGGGAACUGUGCAUUGAUUGAGGACAUCAAACGAGUCGCAGCAGUGGCUACUGGAGAGGACUCGGUGGAGAUCGAGUCUAUUCCAACAUUUUUAAAUGGUCAGAAAGAUUAACUUCCAGCUCUAAAUCAACUUAUAAAGCAUUUGGUUUGCA